AUGUUAAUUAAAUAUUUCGCCUUUCUUUGGGUCUGCGGAAAUGUCUUUUGCCAGCUGUCACCAGAAAACGUGACUGAAGUCCUUCUGAAGUACGAGGGUUAUAUAAAAUCUGCUCAAGACCUGGACAAGGGUGACAAGCAACUGCUGAAGACCUGGGCCUCGCUAGAGCAGGUGCAGCUGGUCAAUCUGACGUCACACUAUCGCUUAGAGAUGUCGCGUCAUAAGGAAAACAGCUUCGGUCGCGUUUCUACAAAUCCUAGUUGGCACGAAUGCUUAACUUUGCAUGAAAAAGAAAUUAAAAAAUUGGAAAGAAAAUACUACAGCUGUGAAGCGGAUUGUUUGACGGUUGCCAGCGGAGCCAACCAUGCCGAGAAACAGGCUGUCCAUCAGAUUGGCAAAGAGAUAAGAAAAUGGCGGAAAAGCUAUCGAUAUCUCGCGAAUCAGUGUCACGAUGAUAACCCAAGAAGUGAUGACGCAGCGGGACUGUGUCUAGUGGAAUACGGCGGGCGCAGCGCAGCCUGUUAUAUAGCGCCUAUAGAGGGCACACAGGGAGAAGAGAAAGCGGCUCGUGAUUGGUGCAAGGCUCAAAAUGGAUUCUAG